ACUCUUCGUACACACUGGGGUAACUUGCCGUUUUGUCGGUGAAGAUUUGAAUGGGAUGCCCCCAUGUGAAGCACAAGUAGUCAGGGUUCCCAUUGAAGCGUGAGGUCAGCCAGGCGGGUCACAGCGAGUGAACCUGCUCUGGCAGGGAGUGUGUGGGUGGGAGUGGCCACUCCGUCUGCUCCAGGCCACGUUUUCCCCGCCGCCUCACUUCCUGGGUGAUUACACAGUCUUACCCCAGCCAAGCUCUGCCUGUCCAGAGGAACGCUGCGCUCAUUAGUGACAGAGCAUGGGUGCCUGUAGCACGGCGGACACAGAGCAGUGCUGAAUGGACUAUCGAACUCCAGGAUGCCAGAAUCAGAGACACUGAAGUGAACUCUUGGUUUUUUUGUUUGUUUUUGUUUUGUUUUGUUUUUUUGCUCCAAAAAGGCUUGAAGUCCCUCGCUUUUGCCAUGGAGUUGAGCAGAAUACAUUCAAGUUUCCACAAAGUCCUCUUCAUCACUAUGAUGAUGUUCAAAUGGGGGAUAUUCUGCACCGCCACAUCAGACAUAUGCAUGUCACCUCCCUGCCAAAACGGCGCCACCUGUGUAGACACCAUGGACGACUAUGUGUGCCUAUGCUCCACGGAAGAGGAGGUGAGGUACAUGGGGAAGGACUGCGACGAGUUAUACGACGCCUGCUUAUUCGCCCCGUGCCCCGAGUGCGAGAGCACACCGGGCUCCACGGAGUACACCUGUAUCUGCCCCGACGGCUUCGCUGGGAUGAACUGCACCGAGGACGUGGACGAGUGUGAGAGCAAUCCCUGCGACGGCGUGCGGACAGAGUGCAUCGAUGGAGUUAACGGCUACUCCUGCUACUGCCCGACGGGCUACGGGGGCGAGGACUGCAGCUUACGCGUGGUGGACUGUGCGGACGAGCCCUGUAAAAACAACGGGACUUGCUCCCGUCUGCCGGACGGCUACGAAUGCCACUGCGCGGCGGGAUUCGACGGGGAUAACUGCGAGGAGGACAUUGACGAGUGUCUCUCGCACCCGUGCCAAAACGGGGCCAUCUGCAUGGACGGCGUGGCGGAGUACCACUGUUUCUGUGUGCCGGGUUUCCAGGGUUACAACUGCGAGAUUGACAUCAACGAGUGUGCGUCGCAUCCCUGUGAGAACAACGCCACCUGCAUCAACUCGAAGGAUCGCUACAUCUGCGAGUGCCUGCUGGGAUACACAGGACACAACUGCGAGGUGGAGAUUGACGAGUGUGCUUCAAGCCCGUGUCACAAUGGAGCAACCUGUCACGACCUGAUUGGCCUGUACACCUGUGAGUGCGUGCUCGGGUUCGAAGGGCUGGACUGCGAGAUUGACAUCGACGAGUGUGAAAACGAACCCUGCCUCAAUGGAGCUGCCUGCAUCGACAUGGUGAACAGUUAUGAGUGUGACUGCUCGGGCACUGGCUUCAUGGGAGACCACUGUGAAGAGGACAUCCCGGAGUGUGCCUCGGACCCGUGCCAGCAUGGCAGCACGUGUGAGGAGGGCACCAACGAGUACCACUGCGCCUGCUGGGAAGGCUACGAGGGAGAGCACUGUGAGGUGGACAUUGACGAGUGUGCAGACGGCCCCUGUCUGAAUGACGGAGAGUGCUUCCAGAGGUCGGACCCCGCUAGCUGGGAGGAGGGCUGGGAGUUCAGCUACCCACAUGCAGCUGGAUAUGUCUGCCAGUGUCAGCCUGGCUUCACAGGAGAGAACUGCUCAGUCAACAUCGAUGAAUGUGAGUCUGAACCGUGUCAAAAUGGAGGCACCUGUGAGGACCUGGUCAAUGCGUAUAUGUGCGUCUGCCCUGACGGAUUCACAGGUGCCUCCUGUGAGGUGAACAUUGACGAGUGCGAGAGCCAGCCGUGUCAGAACGGAGGCUGGUGUGAGGACGGGGUGGCUGACUACACCUGCCACUGCCCCGAGGCCGAGGAGGGCGAGCUGCCCUGGGGCGGCCGCGACUGCGACGUCCAGCUCCUGGGCUGCAUGGAGCACGAGUGCCAGAACAGCGCCACCUGCGUGCCGCGGCUGGAAGGCGACGAGGAGCACCACCACACGUGCCGCUGCCAGCCGGGUUUCUACGACGACGUCUGCUCCACCUCGACCACCUUCUCCUUCUCCGUGCCCGGCUUCAUCCUCGUGGAGGUGGCACUGCCCGAGCGGGAGCGCAGAGACGUCGGCGGGCAGGGACCCAGCGUACGCCUGCGCUUCCGCACCACCCUGCCCGACAUGAUGCUGUUCUACAGGGGCGACGGCGCGAGCUACCUGUCCCUGGAGAUCGUGGAGGGAGGACUCAAAGCGAAGGCGGUGUCUGAGGAGAUCUCUCUGGAGGUGGACUUCCCUGUGCACGUGUCCGACGGACUCUGGCGGGACACCGAUGUGGUUCUGGGCGAGGGGCUGGCCCUGAUCCUGAAGGGACCUGGCUGCGACGAGGACGGGUGCAGGAUUGAUGAUAACGGGUCACCCGACGACCCGUUCUUCCACCACCCGGACUCCUUCACGCACGUCUACGUCGGAGGAGCCCCGGACGAGUACCACGAGCACCUGGAGAAGGGAAUCGGCUUCAUGGGAUGCAUGGAGGACCUGCUCAUCGACUCCAACCCAGUUUUGCCCCAGAGCCUGCCGGAUGACACCCUCCAGGAGAUGGAGCUUGGCUGCACAAAGACUGAGUGGUGCGAGGAGGAUCCCUGCUCCCAGCGCGGAGACUGUGUGGACCUGUGGAUCAACUACCGCUGUGACUGCCAUCGACCUUUCUAUGGCAACAGUUGCUUAGACGAGUUUCCUUCCUGGACGUUUAGCCACGAGGACACACUGAGCUACGUGUCGUAUGACGUGGGCGACAGCCAAGGUACAGACUUCAAAGUGUCCUUCUUCCUGCGCUCCCUGAAGCAAGGCGGUCUCAUCCUUCAGCUCGCUCAUCCAGGCCAGGACGAUCCCUACUUCCUCCUCUUCCUGAAGGCGGGUCGGCUGAUGGUCCACUCCCAUCCGGACGCUUCGCCCCUGAUCGCUCCCGUGUUUCUGACCAACGGUGAGAAGCAGCUGGUAGAGGUGGAGCUCACAGAUGGACUGGUGUUCUUCGAGUACGGAGGUCUGCGCUACAGCCUGGGCGCGUUCCCUGAAGCGGAAGUGGAGGCCGGGGAUUCGGCCUAUGUCGGCGGAUUACCUGACGGGGAGCUGGAAGAGUGGGGUGGACACUUCAAGGGGUGCCUGCAGGACUUCCGCUUGGGCGACGUGCAUUUGGAUCUGGAUGCUUGGAACAGUUCAGUGGAUACCACUGUGUACUAUCCCAACGACUCGGAAAAUGUGGAACGAGACUGCUUGAGUGACGACACCUGCACGGUGGAGCCAUGCCUGAAUGGUGGAGAGUGCACCGUCACCUGGAACGACUUUGUCUGCUCGUGUCCACUGAACUUCACCGGGCAGCACUGCGAGACCCGUGUGUGGUGCAUCAGUGACCCGUGCAUCAAUGGGGGACACUGUGUGGACCUACCUGAUGGAUAUGAAUGCAUCUCUAAUGCGACCUUCGACAACAGUCCACAUCGGUACUCUUCCCAGGGCUCAUUGCCCGACCCGGUGUCUAGCGUCACCAUAGAAGUACGGACACGCACGGAGAACGGGUUCCUGCUGCACGCCUCAAACGGGGCGGAGCUGUUACUGGUGGGGCUCCUGGACGCGUCGCUGAAGGUGGAGAUCCACAGCGUGAACAGGGUGGAGGCGCUGGAGUUCUCCGGGCAGCGGCAGAUGUCGGACGGCCACUGGCACCGGGUCCAGAUCCACAUGACCGACCCCGAGCAAGAGGCCUCGCCCUGGGAGAUCCUGGUGGACGGGAUCACGGACGGAAGCAGCGCCCCGGUCGUGGCCGGCAGCCUGCACUUCCUCAACGAGGAGGGUAUGGUGGUGACUGUGGCGGAGAGCUUCAAAGGCUGUCUGGGAGCAGUGCGGGUCGGGGGAGUGUACCUGCCCUUCGUGGAUGACCUCAACCCACCGCAGGCCGGCCGCUUCCACAGGGUGGGAGAGGAGCCCAUCCACACGGGGUGCUCGAGCACGCCCGUGUGCAACUCCCGCCCUUGCAGGAACGGGGGCGCGUGCGAGGACCUGUUCGACCUGUACGGCUGUGUGUGCGCGCCAGGCUGGGAGGGGCUGCAGUGUGAGCUGAACACGGACGAAUGUGCCUCCGGACCUUGCGUCCAUGGCAACUGCAGGGACUUCCAGGCUGGGUUUGAGUGCACGUGCCACGCGGGUUAUGCGGGCAUGACCUGCGAACAGGACGUGGAUGAGUGCCAGGAGGGCGCCUGUGAGAACGGAGGCACCUGUGUGGACGGGGUGAACCAGUACACCUGCACCUGCCCACCUGACUACAGCGGCCACCACUGCCAAUGGAACUACCCUCCUCUUCCAUGCGACCAGAUCAAAUGUGCCAAGGGCGGCACGUGCCAUGAUGAGGCGUGGGGGGGCACCUGCACUUGCAAAUCGGGCUUCACAGGUUACAGGUGUGAGACGGAAGUGGACGAGUGUUCCUCCAGCCCCUGCCUGAAUGGCGGCUCCUGCGUGGACCGCCUCAACAGGUUCCUGUGUCUGUGUCCGGCGGGUUUCAGUGGCUCACACUGCGAGACCAGCAAACAGUCCCAGAGGGAGCGGUUCCCCUGGCUGGUGCUGAUCAUCCCCCUGGUGUGCUGCUGCGUGCUGCUCCUCGUCAUCGGCCUGACCUUCAUGCUGCUCACCGCCCGACGCAAACGCCAGUCCGAGGGCGUCUACAGCCCCAGCUCGCAGGAAGUGGCCGGGGCGCGCCUGGAGAUGGACAGCAUGCUCAAACUACCCCCAGAGGAAAGGCUUAUAUGAAACCUCCUACCUCCCCUCCCUCCCUGCCUCCCUCCCUUCUUUCUUCCCCAAACACUCCUCUCCCUGCCUGCAUGGACAUGGACUAUGGUUGAAGAGGAGACAUAUCCCACUAGAUUCCCUAGAGGGAAGGUAGAUCCCAUGGAUUUGAGUUUUAAGAGCCCCUCUAAGGAACUUUCUCACUGGAAAGUGGUGAUGAAGAUCACCUCUAUGAGCGCCGCCCUAGUGGUGAGGCGUCCUCCCUGAAAGGUUAGUUUGGGGAAAGGGAAGACUGGGGAAAAGAUCAGUUAUGGAAUCCUGAUUGGAGCCAAUACCGUUGGCACAUCUACCCUCGAGCUUUCGGGGUCAAAGCUCAGCUCUCUUUCAUCACCAUGACGACUAAGAUGAGCUUUGCCCAAAAUCUACCCCAGAAUGCACUGUGGUGAGAACCUAUCCAUCGGAGACCCCCCCCCCCCCAAAGCUAACCACCUCAACGUGACCACUGGUGGGAAAUCCAAAUCAACACAACUUUUGGAUCAUCUCGUUGGGGUUUCUUACUGGGACGUUGUAUAGUUUGUAUAUUUGUAAACUUGGUUGCAGCGCUUUCGUUUGUACAUUUUUAUCAGACUCCGGGGGGGAAGAUGACGAAGAUGAUGACGAAGACUCACAGACACAAAAGGGAGAUUCUACUGGACAUUCUUAGACAAGGACAAGCUGCUUGCUUUUGUUUACACGCGGAGGAGAGAAGACUCCUGAGCUUCUGCGCACACAAAACUAUGGCUUUAGUUACUAAGCCUUCCCUGAGGUAAUCAAAUGAGCCAUUUUAAGACAGCCUGACAAUCAAUAAGAAGCUGUUUGACAAAGUAAGUCUCUACUGCAGAUUCCUUGAACAGUAAUAUGAAUUUAAAUGCGUUUUAACUGCAUUGGUCCCAUAGCAAGAGACAAGAAUCCUUUGAAAUGUUUUGGAGUUCUGGAUCAGACCAGAACUGCCAUGUUUUAGUGCCACACAUGCAAUCCAGCCUCCACCUACAAAUGGUGUAAGCGAAACCAAAAUGGUGCUAGAAAACGUUUCAGGUAUUUGGAGAUGAAAUACAAAUGUCAUGAUGUAUGUGUAUUUGCUGGGGACGAACACCUAAAGGACGAUUCUGGUGAGAAAUAAGACUCACAAUGAAGUCCACUCACCUCAGAUGCAGUUGCUCUUCCAGUGGUCACUCAAAGCAAUAAUUCAGCUCAGCUUAUCAGUUCAAAGAUGUCAAACAACAGUUAAGAGUUCACGUAACAGUAACUCAGCCCAACAGUGAAGAGACACAGUGAAGUCUUCAUUUAAACUGGAAAUAAUGAAAUACAUUUAGACUCACCCGUAUCAUUAUGCAAAUAAUCUGGUAUGAAGUAAUAACAAGAAAAAAGUUCAAGUUGUUUGUGAGUAAAUGUCAGACAUGUGGUUUUCUUAUAUGGUGUCAAUAACUACAUGGGCUGGCCUCCUUGACAUCAGUGUUGUUUGAGUGAGAGGUUAUUUCAGUGUGCAUUCAACAUUACUCUAAACAGCAUUCAUCAUAGCAUUCAGUGGACUAUUUCUGCCUUUUCACACUAGCAAGAGGCAAUACGGCAACCAAACAUGCACUGUAGGACUGACUGCAACUCAGGUCAGUGAAAUAAAAAUGUGUCUGUUUUUCACCGCAAUAUUUCCUUAAAUAUUAUCUGUAUAUUUGUGUAGUCCUUUCUUGUGAAUACCCCCGCCCCCCCCCCCCCCCGACACAGAAACAAAUGAAAGUGUACAAUGCUACUGAACACGCACUACAACACCACACGAAUGUGUACCUUCACACAAAACACACACGCACAUUUUUGUGAACCUUUCAUGCUAAACACAAAUACGCACAAACUUAUAUAUGAGCACCUUUAAACUGACAACACAUAGAUCAACUUGUGUGUGAAUAGUAAUAAAGUACAAACAUAACAACAAACAUAAGAGUCUUUCUGAACACAGAAAUGAAAGCAUAUGUUCCUUCUCACUCAACAAACCAUGCAAUACAAUACAAGUGUCUUUAUGUUGAACACAUACACAGACAACGCCUCUGUAAGGUAAAUGAAGAAACAUAAAGACAUCUUUCACCAUGUACUAAACAGUUUGAUAUGUCUUGCCAAACUGCACAGUACACUAAGGGUUUAGCCAGAUUGUUUCAGACAUCAUCUAAAAUAGAAAGCAAUGUUAAAAGAUACUGUAUAAAUACGAAUCAGCUUCUGAGAAUCUUUUUAUGAAGGACCGUUCUCUUCGAAUGUUACAAACUGCUUCAGAGCUUGCUUUCCUGGUUUGAUGCAUGUCUUUCACCUAAUGUCAUGUUGACCUACUGUUUCUGCUGGCUGUUAACACACCACACCACACGUGCAAGGUUGUACUAUUAUCUGAGACCUUCUGCACCGCACUGGACUAUUUCACAGCAAUGUUGUACAUAUAGACUGUUUUAGACCUUUUGUAAUGUGAACUGUGUGUGAAAUAUUCCAAUCAGGAGAUUAUUGUAAUAAAGAGAAAUACUUUGGUA